AGUUUGAAUAGAUUCCAACUAUGCAAGGGUUCUUAAGGUUGACUAUUAAAAAAUGUUCAAGAGACAGGGCUCGUUUGCCAACAUCGCACCACUAACCCACACAUGAAUUUACUGCAAAAAUGGCGACAUGGAGCCAUCUGUCACGUCACAGCUGGCGUUGUCAGCAUCUCCACCAUGGUGCACAAGGUAGCAGUGAUUGGCGCCGGCCCGUCGGGUCUGAGCUGCAUCAAGACGUGUUUGGACGACGGCUUGCUGCCCACCUGCUUCGAGAGCAGUGAUGACCUUGGCGGACUUUGGAAGUUCAAAGCAAUAUCGGAGCCCAACCGUGCCAGCAUCUACCGCUCCCUGACCAUCAACAUCUCCAAGGAGAUGAUCUGCUUCAGUGACUUCCCCACUCCGGCCGACUACCCUAACUACAUGCACCACUCCAAAAUACUCAAUUACUUGCGCAUGUACGCCGAGCACUUCAAGCUGCUGGCGCACAUACACUUCCAGACCUCGGUGAAGAGCGUCAGACAGAAGGCCGAUUAUUCCCGCACGGGUCAAUGGGAAGUGUUGACGGAGAGAAAGGACGGAAAGGAGGAGACGCACGUCUUUGAUGCUGUUAUCUGCUGCUCAGGACAUUACACUUACCCCAACCUGCCCCUACAGGACUUCCCAGGAAUCGAGAGCUUCACGGGACAAUACCUGCACAGCUGGGACUACAAGGGUCCCGAGGACAUGCACGGCAAGCGAGUGGUGGUGGUCGGCAUCGGGAACUCAGGCUGCGACAUUGCGGUGGAGAGCAGCAAGUUUGCAGAGCAAGUGUACAUGAGCACACGGCGUGGCGCCUGGGUCAUCAGGCAGGUGUCGGACGACGGCAUGCCAGUGGACAUGAAGUACAACACGCGCUUUGUCCACAUUUUGUUCCAGCUCUUCCCCAUGAACUUCUUCAACUGGUUUGGCGAGAAGAAACUCAACGCCAUGUACGACCACACCAUGUACGCCCUCAAGCCCAGCCACAGGCUCUACAGUCAAGUCCCAGUGAUCAACUACGAACUGCCUUUUAAGAUUCUGUCCGGCUCCGUCAUCAUCAAGUCCAACGUCAAGGAGAUCCGUGGUUCCUCUGUGAUCUUUGAGGACGGAAGCGUCGUAGAGAAGGUGGACACCAUCGUGUUCGCCACGGGGUAUAAUUACGACUUCCCGUACUUGCCCAGCGGCGCUCUGUACAAGUCGGGGCACCGCGUCGGUCUCUACAAGCACGUCUUUCCACCCAACUUGGAGCACCCCACCCUGGCCGUGGUGGGUUUUAUCCACGCCCUCGGAGCCAUCAUGCCACAGGCUGAACUGCAGGGGCGUUGGGUCUCACAGGUCUUAAAAGGAAACCUGAAGUUACCUUCAAACCAGGCCAUGGUCAAAGCUGUAGAGCAGGACACCAAGGACAUCAACAAAAGUUACAUCGUGUCCAAGCUGACGCCGCUCCAGGUGGACUUUGUGUCCUACAUGGACGACCUGGCCGGAGAGAUCGGAGCCCGACCCAGCCUGCUGUGGCUCCUCUUCACCGACUACCCGCUCUUCAAAAAGGUCCUGUGGGGGCCCGUCACCGCCUAUCAAUACCGCCUGACCGGGCCCGGCAAGUGGGAGGGCGCCCGGCGAGCCAUCUUCACACAGUUUGACCGCAUGUUCGAGCCCCUGAAGACCAGGAAGGUGAAGGAACAGGAACACAACGUCUCCAGUCGCCUGUUCAAGUUAGGCCUGGCCCUACUGACAGGAGGAACCGUAGUCGUCUACGUUCAAGUCCGAGACCCAUCUGUCUUUCCCAACUUGACGGCCAAACUGAAUCUCCCAAAAAUCUAAAUGAAUGUCAAACAUCCGGACUUUUAAAGCCUCAGACGCUGUUUUAUAUCUACGACUUUACUUGCUUUACAUGCUGUCAAUCAUUUCAACAGGUCAAAGUUAACCAUAAUCAUUUAUAGACUUCAGCAGCAGAAACCACAGGUGCUAACCCAUAUUCAGUACUGUACUCCUGGACAUAGAAACCAUAGACUUUGGAGACUCUGUUUUGAAACAGCAGUGGGUAAUAAAUGAUAACAUAACUAUGUGGUCCUCUCCAAGGUUUCUCAUAGUCAUCAUGGUCGACGUCCCACUGGGGUGAGUUUUUCCUUGCCCUUAUGUGGGCCCUACCGAGGAUGUCAUUAUGGUUUGUGCAGCCCUUUGAGACACUUGUGAUUUAGGGCUAUAUAAAUAAACACUGAUUGAUUAAUAUAUAAAUAUACUAGCAAGCUUGUUAGCUCAAGAUUAGGGUUAUGACCAAAAUGAUAACUACUAUUGUUUUUAUCAAUAUUGAAAUCACGUUUUUUUUUUAUCAAUAUUGAAAUCACGUUUAAUCACGUUUUAUUUGGUAAAAUAUAGUGUUCCGUUCUUGCGUGGUGAGAUCUUGGGGAUGGGGGAGGGUAAGAACGUGACGGCAUCAUCUAAUUCAGAGGUCCCCAAACUACACCAGCAUCCCCAGUUCGGCCCGCGGAACGUCCCAAGUAAAAAGAAGAAAAAAAAACUUUUCCAGACUCUCAAGCAAAUUAUAUUGUUGAUAGAUGCCCAUUUCUGAGGUACAGAUUUACUUUGGAAAGGAGGCGUGUGGCAUAUUUCUAUUGUAUUUAACAUUUAUAUGUAUUAGGGGUGUAACAGUACGUGUAUAUGUACUGAACCGUUUCGGUACGGGGGUUUCGGUUCGGUUAGGAUGUUUAUCGAACGAAUCCACAUGCUAGCAGCGACCUGGCUUAGGACAACAUGUGAAAGCCCGAGCUAGAAGACCCUCCAACGGAACAGGUUUCCACACAGACAUAUUAAGUAGCGUGCAGCACGUUGUGUAAACAAUGCACACCGAGGCACAACACACAGCAUGCUAGCAGCGACCGGGCUACAAUAGACUGACCAUACCUCCUCUUUUCACCGGAUAUGUCCUCUUUUGCAGGGCUGUCCGGGUGGAGUUUCUUAAAUGCCUUAAAUGUCCGGCAUUUUAAGUUAGGGUUGCGUGUAUUUCCAAUGUAUGUUCAGGGUUAAGAAGGGGUUAAAAACAAGACAAUUUGUGCACGCAGCAACAUUCGUGAGGGAGGGGCAGAGACAGAGAGAGUUAUGAUAAAUGCUCAUGCGUCACCAAGCUCUGCUUAUUACCCAUAGAUUUAUCAGAUUUUAUUUUUUAUUAUCUAUAGCAGGGGUGUCAAAAGUGUGCCCCGGAGGCCAAUCGCGGCCCACAUUAUUAUUAUUAUUAUUUUAAUAGUAUUCUAAAAAUACUAUUAAAAUAAACAAAAGCAUUUAGCAAAGGCUAAAUGUAAUUUAGAAAAAGUUGCAACGUUUAUUAAUAAAACAAAGCUGUUUUUUUUCUUUCAAACUCUCAUUGCUCAAAACAUAAUAUUGAAUUAAAAUCAAUGUUAUGAAGAAUUAUUGACCUAGCCAAGGUUCCCAUUACUUCACAUUAAUAUUCCACUAAGAAAAAUAUUUUUGGUUGAAAAUUUUGCAAAUUUGGUAAAUAAGUAACCAAAUAAUUUAUAUUUUGUUGUUUUCUUACUGUACCGAAAAUGAACCGAACCGUGACCUCUGAACCGAGGUAUGCACCUCCGUGUAUAUAUAUAUAUAUAUAUAUAUAUAUAUAUAUAUAUAUAUAUAUAUAUAUAUAUAUAUAUAUAUAUUAGGGCUGUGAAUCUUUGGGUGUCCCACGAUUUGAUUCAAUAUCGAUUCUUGGGGUCACGAUUCGAUAAUAUAGUGAUUUUUUUCGAUUCGAUUCUCGAUUCAAAAACGAUAUUUUUCCGAUUCAAAACGAUUCUGUAUUCAUUCAAUACAUAGGAUUUCAGCAGGAUCUACCCCAGUCUGCUGACAUACAAGCAGAGUAGUAUAUUUUUGUAAAACACUUUUAUAAUUGUAAAGGACUAUGUUUUAUCAACUGAUUGCAAUAAUGUAAAUGUGUUUUGACUAUUAAACAAACCAAAAAUAUGACUUAUUUUAUCUCUGUGAAAACAUUGGACACAGUGUGUUGUCAAGCUUAUGAGAUGCGAUGCAACUGUAAGCCACUGUGACACUAUUGUUCUCUUUUUAUUAUUUUUAUAAAUAAUAAAAAUGUCAGUGAGGGAUUUUUAAUCACUGCUAUGCUGAAAUUAUAAUUAAUAUUGAUAUUGUUGUUGAUUAUAUUCAUUUUAGUUUCAUUACUUUUGAAUUGUUCUGUGUCGUGUUUGUGUCUCCUCUCAAUUGCUCUGUUUAUUGCAGUUCUGAAUGUUGCUGGGUCAGGUUUGGUUUUGGAAUUGGAUUGCAUUGUUACUGUUCUGCCCUCACUGUAUGUGUUGAGGUUAUACAGCUUGGCAGACAGCUAACAACCAAUCCAGGACGUUCUAAUAAAGUUCCAAAGCAGAUAAAUCAA